CUGUAGCACCUCACAAAAUAUUAUUACUAGGUAACAGGAAGUCCCACAAACCUGUUGCUAGAUUCCGCGGCCGUAGGGACAUUUCGUCGAUAACACCAGCAUCGCAAACUAAAAGGAUGUUGUUGGGGAAUACUUAGCUCUCAUGCACCCUUCCGAAGCUCCGACAUGAACACCCAAACCUCCCACCCGCUCGACCAAUCACCACAGCCUACUUUCAACGACGCACAAACAUCCAUAAUUCCGACAUGGCUUCAACGUCAACCAACCUCUCAGCUCUCCCGACGCCGGCAGCAUGCACGGCAGAUUUCUGUCUCAUCCCGCUCGGCACCCCGACGGCAUCCGUGUCCAAGGAAGUCGCCGAAGUACAGCGGCUGUUGAAGAAAAGCGGUCUGAAUUACUCCAUGCAUUCGGCUGGGACUACUGUUGAAGGGUCAUGGGACGAAGUGAUGAAAGUCAUCGGUCAAUGCCACGCUAUGUUGCAUGAAAAUGGCGUUGUGCGGAUCCAGAGCGACAUCAGAAUUGGGACGCGGACGGAUAAGAAACAGGGGUUUAAGGAUAAGGUGGAGGCUGUUGAGAAGCUGCUGAAGGCGGACGAGGACGAGGACGAGACGUGAAGCCGCCCCCGUGGAGCCGUCGAGAGCCGCUCGUAGAGGCUGGGCGGAAGGUGGUGGAAUUGGGACGAAAGGAAUUCCAAGAGUCUGGAUGC